ACUGUCGUCUAUCUCAGUGGAUCUGCGUUAGCGUGCAGAUGGAGUGUGCACGGUUGUGGAGAGGGUAGGAAGGGGAUGGGAUGAGUGUGAUCGAGAGGGAGGAAAGAGAAAAGGGCUGGGCGCGUUCAAGCGGGAUAAGGGCGCGCGCAGGACCACAGCACACCGGCCGGGUCAACGAGCUGCAAGGAUGGAGAUCCGACCAGAUAGGUUUAAGGCGGUGGCGGGAAAAACGCUUGGGAAAAUACACAGGCUGAUAGAGAAGAGGCAGCCCAAUGGAGAGACCAUUGAGCUGUCAGCAGAGGGUCGACCCGAGGUGGUGGUGGAGAAGGAGAUGCCGGUGGUGGACUGCACCUGCUUCGGCCUUCCUCGCCGCUACAUCAUCGCCAUCCUGUCGGGCCUGGGCUUCUGCAUCUCCUUUGGCAUCCGCUGCAACCUGGGCGUGGCCAUCGUUAGCAUGGUCAACGACCACACCGUCUUCAAGGGCAACAAGGAGGUCCUGGUGGCCGCUCAGUUCUCCUGGGACCCAGAGACGGUUGGCAUGAUCCAUGGCUCCUUCUUCUGGGGCUACAUCGUCACGCAGAUCCCCGGGGGGUUCAUCUGCCGGAAGUUUGCAGCCAACAGGGUGUUUGGCUUCGCCAUCGUAGCGACGUCCACCCUCAACAUGCUGAUCCCUUCUGCCGCACGCUGCCAUUACAGCUGUGUCAUCUUAGUCAGGAUAUGCCAGGGCCUGGUUGAGGGCGUAUCGUACCCGGCCUGCCACGGUAUUUGGGCCAAGUGGGCUCCGCCGUUGGAGCGGAGUCGCCUGGCAACAACAGCCUUCUGUGGGUCCUAUGCUGGGGCCGUGGUGGCCAUGCCACUAGCCGGAAUACUGGUGCAGUACACUGGCUGGCCGUCUGUUUUCUAUGUCUAUGGUAGCUUUGGGAUCUUCUGGUAUUUGUUCUGGAUCCUGGUGUCGUACGAGAGUCCGGCCAUUCACCCAACCAUCACAACAGAGGAGAGGGAGUACAUCGAAGAGGCCAUCGGCGAGUCCACUUCCUUCGCCAAUCCACUUCAGAAAUUCAAAACCCCAUGGAGGGCUUUCUUCACCUCCAUGCCGGUGUAUGCCAUCAUUGUGGCAAACUUCUGCAGGAGCUGGACGUUCUACCUCCUGCUCAUCAGCCAGCCUGCCUACUUUGAAGAGGUCUUUGGCUUUGAGAUUAGCAAGGUGGGCAUGGUGUCUGCCCUGCCCCACCUUGUAAUGACCAUUGUGGUGCCCAUUGGGGGCCAGCUGGCCGACUACCUGAGGACUCACAACCUCAUGAGCACCACCAAUGUCAGGAAGAUGAUGAACUGUGGAGGAUUUGGGAUGGAGGCCACUCUUCUUCUCGUGGUUGGCUUCUCUCACACUAAGGGGGUCGCCAUCUCCUUCCUGGUGCUGGCAGUUGGUUUCAGUGGUUUUGCUAUCUCAGGCUUCAAUGUCAAUCACCUGGACAUCGCGCCGCGGUACGCUAGCAUCCUGAUGGGUAUCUCCAAUGGUGUGGGGACCUUAUCGGGGAUGGUGUGUCCCCUCAUCGUGGGCGCCAUGACUAAACACAAGACCCGUGAUGAGUGGCAGUACGUGUUCCUGAUAGCUGCACUCGUACACUAUGGAGGAGUCAUAUUCUAUGGAAUAUUUGCGUCCGGAGAGAAGCAACCUUGGGCAGACAUAGAAGACACCAGUGAGGAGAAGUGCGGCAUCAUCGACGAGGACGAGCUCGCGAAUGAGACGGAAGAGAUGUACCGCGGGGGCGGGCAGUACGGAGCCAUGAGCCAACCGAUGAGCCAUGGUGCCAACGGUGGAGGAGCAGGAGCAGGAGCAGGAGGAGGAGCAGGAGGAGGAGCAGGAGCAGGAGGAGCAGGAGGAGCAGGAGGAGCAGGAGGAGCAGGAGGAGCAGGAGGAGGAGGAGGAGGAGCAGGUUGGGUGUCGGACUGGGAUAAGCAGGAGUAUGUGCAGCCACCAGGAUACAACUCCCGCGCGGAGGGGGUAGACGAGGAGAAAGGAGGAGGCCUGACAAAGAAAAAGAGAGCGAUAAAUUGAUUUAAAAGUAAGAAAUAUAGAUUUUGUUUGGAUGGAGGUGAUGAGAAUAGGUCUAGGACUAGGUCUAUGCAAUAUUCAAUGGAGCUGCGUGAUGUGCAUUUGUACUGUAUUUUCAAUCGCACAUAAGAGAGCAGAAGUCUUAUUUAAUGUUAUUAAUGAAUUGUGAAGUGUGUUUGUGUGUGUGUGUGUGUGUGUGUGUGUGUGUGUGUGUGUGUGUGUGUGUGUGUGUGUGUGUGUGUGUGUGGGUGUGUGCGUGUGCGUGUGCAUGUGUGUGUGUGUGCAAAUGUGUUGGGGUGUGUAUGUGUGUGUGUAAUCGAUGGAUAUUAAUGGGUAUGUAUGUACAGCUGCACUAAUAGAACUUUCCAUCCUGCUCCUGUGCCCAUUGUUAUUGGUGGGGAGUGUUGUGAUGUCACAGGAAGUGUUUUACUGAGCAGAUUAUAAUCUUUAGAAGGGGUUUUACUAGGCAGAUUCUAUUUGUCUGGAUGGGGUUUUGCGGAGAAGAUUCUAUAUGUCUGGGUGGGGUUCACCACAUCUGGGUGCCAAGGAUAUUAUGAUUGAAAAUAAAAUAUUUUAUUGGCAGCAAUUGAAACUCACUUUUGAAUAUAAGCCAUGUGGGAAGCUCAGGGCCAUAGAACUGCUCAACGUUUUUAAAUCUGCAAUGUUUUAUUAGAUUUCUUAUUAUUUAUUCAUUAUAUUAUAAUAUAUAUUAUUCUCCUAGCAAUGGGAAUCAAUUAGAUCCUUAGUCAAUGUCUUUAUCAAACAAUGACAAUCCUUGGAAGAGGUUGAUUUGCUCCACUGCUUGAAUAUUCAUGCUAAAGCUAAUGCUAAUGCUACUGAUAAUGCCAUCCCAAAUAAUUUCUCAUACUCAACGCAUGUGUCUGAGGUGUAGUGGAAUUGAAAAAGGUUUUUUAAGUACUUUUCAUAAGGGUGCUUGGGUGUUGUACUAAUAUACAAGUGUUUUAUUCUCCCCUAAUAGUGUGUGUGUGUGUGUGUGUGUGUGUGUGUGUGUGUGUGUGUGUGUGUGUGUGUGUGUGUGUGUGUGUGUGUGUGUGUGUGCGUGUGCGCACCCCUGCCUAAACCAUCAGCUCUACAUGGCUGCAACUGACCAUGACUUGUUUUCAUUGUUAAUUGAAUAAUCAUUUAGUCUAUAGAAUGUAAAAUGCCAAUCACGCCCUCAAGUUACUAGAGUAUGUUUUUCUUUGCUUGUUUGCGUGCUUGUUCUUGAAGGGCACCCAAGAACAUAUAUGUAUCGAAUUUCCCUUGAAUAGGAAAAUAAAUGUUUGCUACUUUUAUUAACUAUUUAUAAAUGACUGAAAUUACCAUUCAAUAAGCAAUAUUCCAUUAAUUAAUUAAAUCUGUUAUCGUAAAAAAUUCUUUCCAUCGACUAAUCUGAUCAUUCUUCGUAAACUAAUUGUUCCAGCACUACUGCUUGGUAACCUGAGCCUGUUACUCAUGCCAGGCUUCAGAAUGAAUGUGUGCAUGUAGUAUGUGGCUGAAAAUAAUCUUACAGUACCUUUAGAAACGUAGAUAACAUCACUUCCAUAUUACUAGUUAUUUAGCAGACGCUUUCUAUCCAAAGAGACCUACAGUGACAUUUUAUUAUGGAAGGCGUAAGGCAAAUUGCUCAUUGCUAGUGCCAACAUGUGGUAUAGCUGUGGGAUUUGGGCUGGGAUUGACACACCCUAACCACCUCCACGUGCACAUCAGGGUGCGCACGUGGACCCUAUCUCAGCCUAACCCUGACCGCGACCUACCUGGGCCACUGCUGGUCUAUGGGUCACUAAACAGUAUGCCACAGAAAGCACAAUCAUUCGACGCGGUUCUGACAUCACCGCUUCACUGCACAGGUGGCCCACAAGGACGCCAUGGUUACUCAGCUCGCAAAGAAUGUGCGAGUACCACAAAACAAAGCUUACCGACAUUUCUAGUGUUUUUCUCUUGUCUCACUCUCUUUAUCUUAAAACUCUCGCUCUGUGUCUUUCUGUAUGUCUGCCUGUCUGCUGUACUGUCUUUUAUCCCUGAUUGUCUUUCAUGUAUAAGUUGGUGGGUCAGAGAAUGCAGAUGUGUGUGUGUGUGUGUGUGUGUGUGUGUGUGUGUGUGUGUGUGUGUGUGUGUGUGUGUGUGUGUGUGUGUGUGUGUGUGUGUGUGUGUGUGUGUGUGUGUGUGUGUGUGUGUGUGUGUUUGUGUUGGGUGCAGGUGCUGUGCGGUGAGCAUGUUAUAAUGAUCCAAGAACACAGCAGUGCAGCCUCCCCAUCCCGUCCUGUGUUUCACACACACACACACACACACACACACACACACACACACACACACACACACACACACACACACACACACACACACACACACACACACACACACACACACACACAUUGAAAUGGCUGUGUGCCAUUUUUAACAAGCUGUGUAUUGGUGGAAGCCUUGUGUGAGUGUGUUGUGUGUGGGUGUGUGAGAAAGAGACAUUUUAAGUGGGAACUAUGUAGUUUCCCAUCUAAAAUACUGUGUUGCUUUAUUAAAUAUCAAAUGAUGUAUUAUAAAACAAAUGUAAUCUUAGUCAAUAGUGUGUUGUGUUGGACUGAUCGACAGUACUUCAGUCAAGGCUUAAUACCAACAUUGUUCUUGAGAGGUUUGAUAUGAAUGUGUGUGUGAUUGUAUGUGAAUUGUGUGAGUGUGUGUGUUACGUCGAGAUAUGGUGGUUUUGAAAGUGGAUCAAAUCAAUAUUUUCGUUCGACACGUUAUAGAGAUGAAUGCCAAUUGUAUGUUUCUAAAUGUCGUAACGGUGUACUUCAAAAAAAGAUUCUGUUCUCUCUGUUCUUCCUUCUUCCACUGUCUUGACGAGAUGUAUGCUUUACCUGUGUGGGGAAUCUGUGUAAAAUAAUUAAAUAAAUAUAGAUAUUUAAACACACAGAAAAAAAUGACUGUAUGUAAAAGAUGCAUAUGUGGCACAUCCUUGUGUAUAAUAAAGUAUAAAUAUCUGUGAA